CUUAAACCGAAGCCACGACUUUUGAAGAGUCGAGAAAGCAAAAUGAACUAAAAUUUUCAUAAAUAAAUACACAAAGAAAAAAAAAGUGAAGAAGAUUCCCAAAACAACUGAGCAAAGAAGUAAGGAAGAACCUCUGAAUCAAUGGCGAUUUCAAAGCUCCAUCUACUCUUUCUUUUCUCAGUCUUUCUCUCCCUUCAUCGUCCUGUUCUUUCCGAAAACGAUGAAGAAGAUGUUCUUUUUACAGUCAUCAACAACUACAGAACGUCUAUAAACCUAACAACCUUGAUAAAGAACGAAAACGCUGAAUGUCUCGCAGAUGAAUUAGCAGACCAAUUCAAGAACCGACCCUGCACAAACACCAGUGGCUCAGCUGCAGUUCCUGGAACAGAACCUGGUUUCUCAGACUUCCCUAAACUCCUCACCAAAUGCCGACUCAACAUUACAAUUACUAGAGACGGUGUGAUUUUGCCGACUUGUGUUCCUCACCUUGAUCAGACCCUUCUCAUGAACAAUUACACAAAGUCACAGUACUCCAGGAGUUUGAAUGAUUCUAAGUUCACUGGAAUUGGUAUUGGUUCUGAGGAUAACUGGGUUGUUGUUGUCCUCACUACAAACACACCCGAGGGUAGCUAUUCUCCGGCUACUAACUCUGGAGCUUUCUCAAUCACAGUUCAUGGCCUUGUUUCUUCGAGUUUGUUGUUUCUUCUCCUUUGCUUCCUCAUGUUUUGAGUCCCGUUUUUGUUUUUUUUUGUUUUUUGUUUUCCAUAUUUCAAUGACCUUAUUUCAUUUGUUUUCAUAAUUAUGUUGUGUGAUUGUUGUGAAUUUUUAUGACAAUAAAGAGAAGAACAAUAUUGGAGCAAA